CGUUUUAAGCCUCACCGCGAGUCGAGCCUCCUGUCGAACGUUAGCGCGGCGCCUUUGUCCGCAAGAAGUUCCUACGAAAACACCGGCGUGCAAAAGAAUGUCGGCGAGUUAGGGGCCCGUCGCGCCCACGUCUGCAGCUUUCCGUCGCCAUUCGGACUCUCGACGCCGCGGAAAAAUGAGUGGCGAGGCCAACAAAGAAUUUGAAGAGCAGCUGCGCCUUCAGGAGCAGUACGGCAAGAGAAGCCAAGAAGCUUCGGAUCCCUUCACCUACACGGACCCCCACGACGGCACCGUGUACGACUGGGACCACGACAAGAAGGCCUGGUUCCCCAAGAUCACGGAGGACUUCUUGGCGGCCUACCAGGCCAACUACGGCUUCGCUCAGGAAGGCGACGCGGCGGCGCAGCCGGUCGCCGCGGAAACCGAGAAGCGGCCGGCGGUCGGGGAGAAGACGGCGCGGGAGCCGGCGUCCGAUCCGAGAUCGGAGCGGCCGACGAGCGCGGCCGAGGCCGCGGACGGCAAGCGCAAAGGGGAGAAGAGGAAAGCGGAUCCGGGCUGGUUUGACAUGGAGGACACCAAGAACACCAACGUCUACGUGUCCGGCCUGCCCCCCGACACGAGCCCCGAAGAGUUUGUGGCGUUGAUGUCCAAGUGCGGCAUCGUCAUGAGAGACCCCAUCACUGAAGACUUCAAGGUCAAACUGUACAAGGACCAAGACGGCAACCUGAAAGGAGACGGCCUCUGCUGCUACCUCAAGAGGGAGUCGGUGGAGUUGGCCGUGCGCCUCAUGGACGAGUCGGAGGUCAGAGGCUACAAAGUGCACGUGGAGGCGGCUCGCUUCCAACUCAAAGGCCAAUACGACGCCAGCAAGAAGAAGAAGAAGAACAAGGACUACCGCAAGAAGAUGAAGCAGCAGCAAAAACAGUUGGACUGGAGACCCCAAAAGCAGGGAGACGCCAGGAAGCGGCACGAGAAGGUCGUCAUCAUCAGGAACAUGUUUCAUCCCAGCGACUUUGAGGAGGACCCUCUGGUUUUGAACGAAUACCGCGACGACCUGCGCUCGGAGUGCGAGAAGUUCGGCGAGGUCAAGAAGGUCAUCCUGUUCGACAGGCAUCCGGACGGCGUGGCUUCGGUGGCCUUCAAGGAGCAGGAGCACGCCGACGCCUGCAUCCUGUCCUUCCACGGACGCUGGUUCGGAGGUCGCCAGCUCAGCGCGCAGCUGUGGGACGGCGCCACCGACUAUCAGGUGGAGGAGACGAGCCGCGAACGUGAAGAGCGCCUGAAAGGUUGGUCGUCCUUCCUUGAGGGGCCGCAGCCGGCGGGGGGGGCCGGCCCUCCGUCGCCGAGCGCCGCGCCGCCCGCGUCCCAGCCGCCGCCGCCGGAGCAGACGCCGGCGCAGGAUGACGACGAGGACGCCAAGUCGACCGACAGCAGCCUGGCGGCGAGCGACGACGACGACGACGACGCUUGACCGACGAGACGCCGUUUUGUUUGGAGCGUUGCGCCGAGUCACUCCGAGUCCCGUUGCAACGACGUCAAACUCCUUUUCGUGGCCGUUACCGUUGACGGGCGACUCCGUAGUCUGAUCGCGGACCUUUUUCUCUUCCGCUUCCACAACGGCUCGGCCAAGAAAAGGAAAUGAAAAGAAAAAACUGCUUUUCGUUUGGAAGCGCCCCCCUCAAACCAAUGCAGGUGCCUCCAGAUGCUGACAAAACUCCAAAUUUCACCAUUCUUCUUUUUUAAACCUCUCAAAGGUGGAGGUGCGUCCUCUAAUCUCCGAUGUACGGGAUGGAUUUGGUGGAAACAAAAGCUUGUAGAACCGCUUCACUGGAGGAAAAAUGGCAUCCCUCCCCCCAUUCCAUAAGAAAGGGGAAGAAGACAGAGGGGGGCCACGCCGCCUUCAGACGCAGCGACCGAGGCCAACGCUCGGCUGGCAAAUAAAGGAGGCGCUCCAUCGUG